AUCAAAAUGAAAACAAGGAAGUGAAGUGAAAUGGUAGAUAUCUAGUUAGAGAUUUUCUGGUUUACUUGGGGGAAACGGAUAUUAUUUCGAAAUUGAUAUAUUGGAUUCAUAUUUCUCAAACACACGAAUUUUAUUAGUGUUAUUUUCCCAGAAUGGACGCCGAACAAAGAAACAGACUCCAAAUUAAAAGGUCCUGUCUUGUAAAAGACCUGGAACCUUCGAAGCUCUAUGAUGGACUGUUGGCAAGGGGGGUCUUCACGCAGGAUAUGAUUGAGGAGAUACAGUGUGCCGGUACGCGUCGAGAGCAGGCCCGGAAACUUUUGAUAGACUUGGAAACUCGUGGAAAACGUGCCUUCCCAGCGUUCCUGGAGUGCCUUCGUGAGGCGGGGCAAGAAGAUCUAGCCAUUAUCCUACAGAAUGGGACCUCAUCCCAUUGCCCUCCGCCUGUUACUAUUCCCGCACCAGUUUACAUGCCCAGCGAUGCCAGAAAUCACGACAGAGGUGAUGGGGAGGUGAUGAAGGUCCCACCCAUGACGAGUGUCAUUCCUGCUCAGAAUCCUGAAGACUCCAGACUGACUAAUAUUAAACAGGACCCACUUCAGAGUUACAAGAUAGAUGCCAGCCCGUGUGGUCUCUGUUUGAUCAUAAAUAAUGUGAAGUUCUUACCUGAGUCUGGCUUGAAAAAUCGCAGCGGUUCCAACAUAGAUUGUGAUAAACUUGAAAAGCGAUUCAAAUCCUUGAACUUCAUUGUUGAUGUUCAGCAGAACCUGAAGAACAAGCAAAUAAGGCAGCAUUUGUCAGCUCUUUCUAAAAAGGACCAUUCAAAUUAUGACUGCUGCAUUGUGGUCAUUUUGUCUCAUGGCACUGAGGCAAGUCACAACCGCUUCCCCGGUGCUGUGCAUGGAGUGGACGGGCCUGCAGUUCUAGUUGAAUCUAUUACCAAUUUCCUCAAUGGGGAGCAAUGUCCAUCUCUCCAGGGCAAGCCCAAGCUCUUCUUCAUCCAGGCCUGCGGUGGAGAUAAAAGAGACACAGGAUUUGAAGUGUCCCCUGAAGAGGCCGGGCCAUCCCUCGGUGGGCUGGAUGAGGAAAUGGACGCCAUUCCCACAUCAUCCAGCAGUGACUCCGUCAGCGCGUCAGAUGAGAUUGAUGCCCGCACAACACUGCCAGUACCCAGUGACAUCCUGGUGUCGUACUCUACUUACCCAGGGUAUGUCUCAUGGAGGGACAAGGAGAAAGGCUCCUGUUACGUGGAGACCCUGGACCAGAUCUUGGCAGAGCAUGCAGCAACACGUGAUCUGGUUACCAUGCUGACGAUGGUCAACAACAAGGUCUCACAGAAUUCUGCUAAGGGCAUCUACAAACAGAUGCCUGGCUCCUUCAAUUUUCUGCGAAAACUUCUCUACUUCCAAAGUUCUUCCCAGGUCCACAGUUAGCGACCCCAUGGAAUGGCCCAGGACAUUUCUACAAUGCUGUUUUUCCUCAGUUCAGUACAGAUAGAACUUCAAUUACGGAUUUGACUCAUAUUCUGGGAUUUUACAAAUCUUUGUUUUCUAUGUGCUAUAUUCUUCGAUGUGUGGAUUAUGAAUUUACGGUAUAAUAAACGUACAAAGCCUUAUUGGUUA